CACCUACCUCACCCCCCCCCCCUCUCGCCCUUUGACAAUAACAACAACAGAUUUGAGAGUUGCUCGGAGAUGAACGAAAAAGGUUUUAAUUUCUAUUGGGAAAACUAUUACAGGGCCUAUGAAUGGCAACAAAACAGUAAUGUUUCACAUUGGAAAGCCCGGGUUAAAGCAUUGGAGGUUGAAAAUUCCCUGCUGCGAGAUUUCAUCCACCGUGGGCUACAACCCACGGUCGAGCAUGGGUGUGUCGUUGCUAGUCCCUGUGGUGUUCGGAAUAGUGUGAUAAAAACUACUGAAACUCAUUCAAAUGGAGACGAAGACCAAGAGGAUGGCGUUUCAAUGUAUUCAGAGUCUGAAAUUGACGAAGAACUCUUAGCCUUUUAUGAAAAGACAAUUCGUCACAAGAUAGAGCGCAAAAAACUUCAGUCCAUGGAGCAGAUGAGUGAUGACUGCGAAAGUGAUGCUGAGAAAGUCUAUUCUAUGGGGCCUAUUUCUUCCUCUCAUAAGUCAAAGGAUAUGGCUCUAUUGUAUGGAAAAGAUGCACCUAAGAUAUUAAGUAUGGAGCUGUCGAUGCAAAUUAAUUUUGACAUGAACCACAACAAGUCUAAUGCACAGUUAUGGCCUAACAUACCUCUUAGACUCUCAAGAUGAUGUAUUAAAUUUGUUAACAAUGAA